AUGGGUUUCUUGAAAAUUCUGCGAAAGCAGCGAGCCCGCGAACGCGAGAUGCGAAUUCUCAUCCUGGGACUUGACAAUGCCGGAAAGACGACGCUGAUGAAGAAGUUCCUAGACGAGCCGACAGACACGAUCGAGCCAACGCUGGGAUUCGAUAUCAAGACGGUGCAUUUCAAGGAUUUCCAGCUGAAUUUGUGGGAUGUUGGAGGGCAGAAAAGUCUACGAUCAUACUGGAAAAACUAUUUCGAGUCGACGGAUGCGCUAAUUUGGGUGGUUGACUCGUCGGAUCGAGAACGCUUGACCCAAUGCUCAGAAGAGCUUAAAAAGCUACUCCAAGAGGAACGUCUCUCCGGCGCGUCGCUUCUCGUGCUAGCGAACAAAAGCGAUCUACCAGGAGCCAUUGAUGUCAAUUCUAUUGCGCAGGUCCUGGAACUGCAAUCCAUCAAGACACAUCACUGGAAAAUUUUUAGUUGCUGUGCGCUCUCCGGCGAACGUCUGGUGCAAGCGAUGACGUGGCUGUGUGAUGAUGUUGGAAGUCGGAUAUUCAUUCUUGAUUGA